AUGGAGGGCGCAUUCACCCAUCUCGGCAACCACCUCAUAUCUGACUCGGCUGCCACGAUCAAGGCCGGCGGCGACAACCUGUCGACCUUGGACCCGAACGACGCCCUGCUAUACCACAAACAUGGAGCUCGCCCUGGCCGUCGUCGAGACGAUGAUGAGGAUAACCAGACAGAGCUCUAUGACGACGAUGACAUCGACAGCUUGACAAGCGCCCCCGUCGAUGGCAUGAGAGCCCUGCACCUUGGGCCCGAAGAUGAACAUAGCCUCCCCGAGCAUGCUUGCGCGUACUGCGGCAUCCACUCCCCGGCCUCCGUCGUCAAGUGCCUCACCUGCAAUAAAUGGUUCUGCAGCGCCCGUGGUAGCGGUGCUGCUUCUCACAUCAUCAACCAUCUUGUCCGCGCGCGCCACAAGGAAGUUCAGCUUCACCCCGACUCUGCCCUUGGAGAUACCACCCUCGAAUGCUACAACUGCGGAACUAAAAACGUCUUUCUCUUGGGCUUCAUCCCCGCUAAAUCCGAUUCUGUGGUAGUCCUCCUCUGCCGACAGCCUUGUGCUGCUACGUCCUCGAAUAAAGACAUAAGCUGGGAUGUCUCCCGUUGGCAACCCCUCAUCGAGGAGCGCGCCUUUCUCAGCUGGUUGGUGGCGCUUCCUUCCGAUGCCGAGCAGUUGCGCGCACGCCACUUGACACCGACGAUGAUGGCAAAGCUGGAAGAAGCCUGGAAGGACAACCCGGACGCAACCAUCCCUACGCUCGUAGCCAAUCUCAGCGUCGAGGACGAUCCGCAGCCUGUCCUCCUUCGAUACGAAGAUCCCUACCAUUACCAGAACACCUUCGGCCCGCUCGUCAAGAUGGAAUCUGACUACGACAAAAAGCUGAAGGAAGCGCAGUCCGAGGAUGGGCUCAAGGUCGUGUGGGCCAAGGGUCUCAACGAGCGAGAUCUGGCUAGCUUCGAGUUGCGAAAAAUCGAGUCUGGAGAUGUCAAGCUUGCCGUUGGUGACGAGAUGCGACUGCGCUACAAGGGCGACCUUCAGGCGCCAUGGGAGGGCGUCGGCUACGUCAUCAAAAUUCCUAACAAUCAGUCAGACCAAGUGACCUUAGAACUGCGAAGGACCGCGAACGACCCAACUCCGCCUACGGGGUGUACGGUUAACUUCUCAGCCGAUUAUGUGUGGAAGGCCACUUCGUAUGACCGAAUGCAGCUUGCCAUGAAGACAUUUGCAGUCGAAGAACAGAGCGUGUCGGGCUAUAUUUUCCACAAGCUUCUUGGUCACGAGGUCCAAGUUAAGGACAUGGGCCGAGUGAACCUCCCCAAGCGAAUGAACGCCCCCCACCUGCCCGAUCUCAACCAGAGCCAGAGCGAGGCUGUUCGAGCCGUCUUGCAGCGACCGCUCAGUCUGAUUCAGGGGCCGCCCGGAACCGGAAAGACCGUCACAUCGGCCACCAUCAUCUAUCACCUUGUCAAGAUGACGGGUGGCCAGGUGCUUGUCUGUGCUCCCUCCAACGUUGCCGUUGACCAGCUUUGCGAACGCAUUCACCGCACCAACCUCAAGGUCGUUCGACUGACGGCCAAAUCGCGCGAGGAUGUUGAGUCUUCCGUCAGCUUCCUAGCGUUGCACGAGCAGGUUCGGAUGAACGAUACGAACCCCAACUUUGUCAAGUUGAAUCAGCUCAAGGCGGACCAAGGAGAAUUGUCCGUCACGGAUGAGAAGAAGUUCCGCCAACUUACCAAGCAGGCGGAGAAGGAGAUUCUCAACAAUGCCGAUGUCGUCUGCUGUACCUGCGUUGGUGCCGGGGACCCUCGCUUGGCCAAGAUGAAGUUCCGAAACGUCCUUAUCGACGAGUCGACUCAGUCCGCUGAACCAGAGUGCCUAAUUCCCCUUGUUCUCGGAUGUAAGCAGGUUGUUCUUGUUGGUGAUCACAAGCAGUUGGGACCCGUCAUCAUGAACAAGAAGGCCGCAAAGGCUGGCCUCAACCAGUCAUUGUUCGAACGACUUGUUAAUCUGGGCAUGCCGCCAAUCCGGUUGAAUAUCCAGUACCGAAUGCAUCCGUGCCUGUCCGAGUUCCCUUCGAAUAUGUUCUACGACGGCCAGCUUCAGAAUGGUGUUACUUACGAGCAGCGUCUCCGCAAAGACGUCGACUUCCCCUGGCCUGUAGCCGAGACCCCGAUGAUGUUCUGGGCCAACUACGGCAGCGAAGAAAUUUCCGCAUCUGGCACCUCUUAUCUCAACAGAACCGAGGCCUCCAACGUUGAGAAGAUUGUCACUCGAUUCUUCAAGGCCGGCGUCAAGCCCAUCGAUAUUGGCGUUAUUACCCCAUACGAAGGCCAGAGAAGCUGGGUCGUCAGCACCAUGCAGAACACGGGUACCUUCAAGAAGGAAGCCUACAAGGAGGUCGAAGUCGCCAGCGUGGAUGCCUUCCAGGGACGAGAGAAGGACUACAUUGUACUGUCUUGUGUACGAUCCAAUGACAACCAGGGCAUUGGUUUCUUGUCGGACCCGCGUCGUCUCAACGUCGCUUUGACCCGAGCCAAGUACGGCCUGGUCAUCCUCGGCAACCCUAAGGUGUUGGCAAAGCACGAACUCUGGCACAACCUCCUCGUGCACUACAAGGAUCACAAGUGCCUUGUCGAAGGUCCCCUGACCAACCUGCAGACGUCUCUGAUCCAGUUCCCUCGGCCCAAACCAUCGCGACCCCGUCCCAAUCCUCAGCAGCAGUACAACCCUCAGGGAUAUCCCAACGGUCGUCAUCAGCAUGGCCCGGCGCAUUCCGUGCGCGACUUCGAUGCGGGAUCGAUGCUGUCCUACAUUCCUGAUGACGCAUCCUCCAUCCACGGCUCUGCACUAGGCGGCGCUGCACUCGGCCCCGCAUUCGCCAACAUCUUUUCCAGCUUCACGCCAGAGCAGUGGCCAGGCCUGCCAGGCGUGCCUACAGCUACCAGGUCCGGUGGACGCAAGAGCGGCCGUGCAACGGAGAGCAUUGCAGGCGAGAGCGUUGCGAACUCAGAACUAACGGACGCUACGGCGAGCGUUAUUGGAGCCAAGGGCGUCGGGCAAGGUGGGGUCAGUCUCGGUGCUGGUCUCCACGAGGCCGCGCGUAACAUCCCACACACCUCCAGCGCCCAGAAGGAUCGAUUCAAGCGCUACGUCGAGAGCGACGGCCGCAUGGCACCGGGCAACAGGUUCCCCAGGCGCAUCGAUGACGACGAGAAGAGUGUCAGCACUGCGUUCCAGAGCCAAGUUGGCGGCGGGUUCGACUGA